AUGACAGAAAUGUCACCAAUCGCGAACAAUGAUGCGGUCUCCAAGGAAACCACAGAUUACACAAAGCCGAAGAAAUCUGAUAAAAUAUGUGACCUUAGAGAAUUCUGUAAAAUUAAUCCAAUAUUGCUGACAUCAAAAUUGUUUUAUUUUUUCUUCUUCGGUGGAAUUGGUGCUUUAUUUCCUUACUUAACCAUCUAUUUUAAACAGCUUGGUUUGGGACCGCUGCGCAUUGGACUUCUGAGUGGCGUUCGACCGUUCAUAGGUUUCUUGAGCGGACCACUGUGGGGCGCUGUUGCUGACAGAUACCGGAAAAGGAAAAUAAUGUUGAUGAUUUCGCUCUGUGGUUGGAUCGGCAUGCUUUUGGCAUUGGGGUUUGUACCACCUGCCAAGGAGGGGGAAUGCCCCGUGGCUGCGAACAUAGUCGAGCAAUUCUUGAACGGAACUAAUGCCACUACUGCGACAGAGAAUUCCACCACGGAAGUGUCACGCCGUAGUCUAAAAUCUCGAUCAUUUAGCGAUCUUGUGCACGUUAGCUGCGGGAAUUGCCAACUCACGAAUCAUGACGGUAGAUCGCGCGAUCUAUACAGCGGGCGCUCGCAUGUUGUGCUGAGGUCCGCGAAACCUGAGUUCAGCGAAGAGGUCGUGGCAGCCAUAGACACGAUGAACGACGGAGAAGACCGAAGCUGGUUGUACGAUGACGAUAGUUUACAAAAGCUGUUCCUGAUAUUGAUGGCGCUGAUUAUGAUCGGCGAGUUCAUGCAGUCCCCGGCUUCAGCUCUUGCGGAUACGGCAACACUCAAAAAUCUCGGAGAAAAAAACCUGGAUAAAUACGGACACCAAAGGGUGUGGGGCGCUAUUGGUCUCGGUGUGGCAUCGUUUACUGUCGGUGCACUGCUCAAUUUAACAAGAGAAACUUUCACAAAAUGUGGUAUCGAGUUGGUGUACAGCGACUACCACGUGGCGUUCUACUGUUUUGCUGUAUUAAUGACAGGGGCUUUUAUUGUUGCCGCUACAUUCAAGUUCAAGAAAUAUUGUAAAUAUAAGGAACAAAGUUGCAGACAAAUUCGGUCGAGAAAGUCUGGUGAUGAACAGGUUAAGUCGAAGGAUACAUACAAGACAGAAUUUGAUAGGUUGAAAAAAAAUGUCAACAAACAAGCUUAUCUAUGA